AUGGGACAUCUUCUGUGGAGUUUGGGUAAACUAGUAAACGAUCCUUCUACUGCUUUAUUAGAUGAACUGCGUCAACGCGUAUUUAAAAAAAGAGAGCCCAUAGAUUCUAUUUCUAUAGAAGAGGCUGCAGCGUCUGGUUCUGAGAGCAUCGAAGUGAAAAGCAUCCCACUUACUGAUGCUGCAAAUUCUACCACAAAUAGCUUCUACACCAUUAAGAACAACGAUGCAGAAACUGCCACAAUAUCGGUACAAACUGGGAGUGGAUAUUUUACGAGCCGUCAAGUGUCCAUCCAGGUCAAGGGGUCCGUAAUUGGGAAACACAAUAAAUCUACCAGCGUCCAGGCUACACUUCAAUCAGACCGCUGCACUGGUGCCUCGGUUAUAAUCACUAAAAGAGACGCGAAAACUAUGCCAAUGAAAUUGAAAGUAUGCCGAGGACAUCGCGAUAUUGUUGCCAUUCUCCGUCAGUGGCCACUCGGAGACUACCGAUUUUACCGACAUAUCAGCAUAUUUCAAAGUUUCAUGUUAUCAAUAAAAGAUUUUUUAAAGUCAUUUAGUAUCGAAAAGAUAGAAAAUCUACCAGCCUGUUACGCACCGGAGUCAGAAAUGUUAAAAUUAUAUAAAUCUGCCAGUAUAGAUUAUCUCGUCGACAAUGAGAAACCGCAUAGAAGGAAAUCUAAUACACGAUACUCUGUCAAGCCACGCAUUUUGUGUGAAAACAGUGUGACCCUAAAGUGUCGUGACAUAAAUUAUGUUCAGAACAAGUAUAACACGGGACUUAAUUGA